AGCUCUUAACCAACGCGCCACUCAUCUGGCCCUUAUUUUACUUUUUAUAUGUCUGUCUCCCUUAGAAAUUGCUAACGCCUCACAGGAAGACUAUAAUUUAUCCAUCUUGGUAUCCUCAGGACCUAGCAGUGCUUUUGUAUGUAGUAAGCAAAUUAAUACAUGUUCCUUGAAUGAACUCAUUUAUCCUCUGUACAUAAUGAGAACAGAGCUGCCACCAAGCUACCUGGGAGCCAGCUACUUAUCUGGGGGAGCAGAAGGUAAGCAGGGCUGGGUGUGGCUCCUUACCACAGGUGUGCCCUAGACAAGUGCUCAUCUAGAUCUGGGUUCCAGCAGGACUUUGGAGCCAUCUUGCCAGCUAGGUCAGGCUGUCAGUAAAUGGGAAUUUAUCAGUAGCCUAUGGCAUAACCUGUUGGAGUUUUUGUUUUGUUUUGGAAGAUGUAAGAUACAAGAAAUCUGAUUCUUCCCUUGUUUUUCCUCUGUAUGCCCCAGCCCCUCCCCCCAAAUCUUAAAUCCAGACAACCCUCUAUGCUACAACCUUUUGUCCUGUCAUUCCCACCAAAUUUGUUUUUCCAUUUCACUGAGACCUGCAGCCCCUCCCCCUGCUCCUUUGGCCUUUUUCCAGCUUGUCUUCCUAACCCAUGCAGCUUAGAUUCUGCAUUCCAUCAUUUCAGCCACAUUCUUGCCUGUGUUCUUGAUGCCUCUCUCCCAUUAUUCUUUCAUUGCAGUUGCCAAGUGAAACCUUAAUCUUGGGUUAAUCCAUCUGUCAAUAUGGAAGCACCUAUACACCCAGAAUGCUUAACACAUCAUAGUGUUAAGAUCAUGUGUCUAAAUUUUGUUCUCCAACCUCAAUUGGUCCCUCAAAGUUGCCCCUGUGAUCCUGCUCGUUUUCCAAGUCAGCUCUAGCAUUCUCCACAACCCAUUCUUCUCAAACCUCUGACUUCAUCUCCCUCAGUUGACCUCCCUUAUAGCUUAGUGGAAAAUGCAGGCUGGAAAAGUAAUUAUAGACACGAUGGUAGGUGCUGUGACAGAGAAAGUAUUGUGGCUGUGGGAGCAUCCAGGAGAGAGGAACAUCUAAUUUGGGCUUGAGCAGUCAGUCAAGGCUUCCUUAAAACAAUUCAGCAGUUAAGUCCUGAAGGGAGAGCAAGAGUUUGUCAGAACAGAGGGAACAAUAAGGAAAAGCAAUUCUGUUAGGAGCAUUGUGUGUAUGUUAGAAGGUAAAAUUGGAAAGGUAUGCAGGGUAUCUAGAAGCCACAUAAGAGAAUUUGGACUUAAUCCUGAGGAGAAUGAGGAGACAUGGUUUUAAAUGAGAAUAAAGUCAGAUUUAUGCCUUGGACUUAAGGGUGAAGUAGAGUUCAGGUUCAUGAAAGCAAAAAUAAUGCAUUUCAAGGAUAAGAAUGCAUUUCAAAGAGGUGGGCUUCAUUUCUCCACCCCUUCAAGCUGAGUGAUCCUUGUAACCUUGUAAAUGUCUUUACUCGUAAAGGUAUGGAAGUGAUGCUUUAUGAUUCUGGAGCCAAGCCUCAAAUGGUCAUGCAACUUGUGCUUUUUCAUUUCUCUUGAAAUUCACCGCCACUGUGUUAGGGAACUCAGGCUAGUCUGCUGGUUAAAGAGACUAUGCAGCAGAAACCAUCCCAGCUGAGAUGAGACCACCAGAUGAACCACCCAACUAAGCCUAGCUCAAUUUGAAAAAAAAAAAAGAAUUUUAAAGUUAGAUUCCUUAGAAUAUGCUUCUACAAUACCUUGCAAUGCUCUGAUUCUCACACUUGUGUUUCCUAUGUUGGAUUAUAAAUUCUAGGAGCACAUUUUAUCCCAGUAUUCAGCACACUGCCUGGCACAUAGUAGGUGCUCAAUAAACAUGAAUGAAGGGACCAGAUCUAUAGAGGGAGACUCACCAGAUUGCAAAGGUGCCUCCUGUAAUGAAUAUAUUCUAAACCACACUUUAUUCUCAAAGCCUUGUGACCAGUGGUGGAUAGAAGGUGAAUUGUGAUGUGUGCGGAACAUGGGGCCUUGGGGAGUUCCGUAACCAAGAGGAGAAAGAAGUAACAACAGCCAGUGUCCACAAAAAGAACUCCCUUCUUCCCCUUCCGAUUUCCUAGUGGAGAGCUGAACCCAGCAUCCCAGAUUUGUGUGACCACACAGGCAAGCAUUUGGAGACUAACUUCACUUUGGUACCCUAGUCCUCAGUGGCUCGAGGUGUUGGCUUUCUGAGCAGACAGGAGGCUUUUAAGUAGCAAACCUCCCUGCUCUCAGCAAGUCCAACACCAUGGGGAAGGAAGACACCCAGGAGGUAGCACCACCCACCUCAACCUACCGCUCUGUUAUGGAGGAGUAUGGUUAUGAGGUGGGCAAGGUCAUCGGCAGUGGUUCCUAUGGGAUGGUGUAUGAGGCUUACUACACAAAGCAGAAGAUCAUGGUGGCUGUCAAGAUCAUCUCAAAGAAGAAGGCUUCUGAGGACUAUCUUAACAAGUUCCUGCCCCGUGAGAUACAGGUAAUGAAGGUCCUGCGGCACAAGUGCCUCAUCAACUUCUAUCAGGCCAUCGAGACCACAUCCCGAGUGUACAUCAUUUUGGAGCUGGCUCAGCAUGGUGAUGUCCUGGAAUGGAUCCAGCGCCACGGGGCAUGCUCUGAGCCCGUUGCUGGCAAGUGGUUCUCCCAGAUGUCCCUGGGCAUCGCCUACCUGCACAGCAAGGGCAUCGUGCACCGCCUUUCUGCUGCUGGUAGGGACUUAAAGUUGGAGAACCUAUUGCUGGACAAGCGGGAGAAUGUGAAGAUAUCGGACUUUGGCUUCGCCAAGAUGGUGCCUUCUAACCAGGCUUUGCGUAGUAGAUCUUCUUACCGCCAAGUGAACUGCUUUGCCCAUCUUAGCCAGACCUACUGUGGCAGCUUUGCUUAUGCUUGCCCGGAGAUCUUGUUAGGCUUGCCCUACAACCCUUUCCUGUCUGACACCUGGAGCAUGGGCGUCAUCCUUUACACUCUAGUGGUCGCCCAUCUGCCCUUCGAUGACACCAAUCUCAAGAAGCUGCUGAAAGAGACUCAGAAGGAGGUCACUUUCCCGCCUAACUACUCCAUCUCCCAGGAGUGCAAGAGCCUGGUCCUCCAGAUGCUACGCCAAGCUACCAAGCGUGCCACCAUCCUGGACAUCAUCAAGAAUCCCUGGGUGCUCAAGUUCCAGCUUGAGCAACCCACCCAUGAGAUCAGGCUGCUCGAAGCUAUGUGCCAGAGGUCCAGCACCAUGAAUCGUCACCAAUCCUCGGAAAUCAAUACCUAAAAGUGGCUGAGGAAGGGGGUUGAGAGAGAAGCAAAGCAGGAGGGUUUGGGGCUAAAAAUCUUUUAUACCAAAAAUAAAUCUAAUUCUGAUUUAGUUUCAUCA